AUGGCCGCAGCCCACGGCUCCUGGCGGGAGCCCGACGUCGCUAGAGCUCUGAGGGCCACGUAUCGGGCAGGCCUUGGGAAGAUGGCCAUGGGCGGUCGGAGUCACCACAAGGCCUUCGUGGCUGAGCAGGAGCUCGACGGCGACGAGACUAUCGACGAUGACGACGGCGACCCGGAGUGCGACGCACUUUUGGCCGACCACGGAGUACAUGAUGAUGCCGACCCACCUGUUGAUGAGCGGGAUCUCAUCGACGCCUUGAUCUCAUGGAAAGAGCAGCGGAAGCUACACGGGAAGGUCAAGUGGGGUCGAGGCCAUGCGGGCCUUGACCUUGGAUGCGCCAAGGGCACGGUGGGCGCGGAGACCUUCGAGCAGCACUGCCGACGACUCCGACGGGAUCAUGGACUACAGCCAAUACUUCUACCCAAUGCCCCGCAGGUAUCCUUCCGCUUCGGCAACGAUGGCAGCCAGUCGUCGGUGGGCGAGGUGCUACUGCCGAGUGGGAUCCUGGGCAGGAACGCGGUCACGAAGUGGUCUUUGGUGCCAGGUUCGGCGCCUUUCCUCGUGUCCAAACAGCAGAUCAAGGCCAUGAAGUCCCAGAUUAACACCACCAGGGACACAGUUGCCAUUGCCGAUCUGCCGGAGUGUACACUUCCCACAGGUGCUGGUGGCCACUACGUUCUUUCCCUGACCAAGUUUGACCCCAAGGGUUUCCGUGACAACCUGGGCCCGAUGAUCAGCGACCCCGAGGUCACUAUCUACAUGACGGUCGCCGCUACGGAGGAGCAGCCAAACGUGAUCCCCGCUCCCGAGGGGUCGGCAGGCAACAUCGAGGACAUGACCAUGUGCGACAGGGCUGGAGGUCCACCACCUACACUUCCAAGGGAAGCUGAGGAUGCUGCUCGCAUCAUUAUCGGCAACAACCAUGAUCGGUGCCUGGCGACGAUAGCACCAGCGGAUCUCGACCUGAUGCCAGCUGACCGGCAGGAGCGCAUCGAGCCCCGUGUCGAGUCUACUGCCGAUGCUGAGGAUGACGCUGGUAUCUCCGAGGACCUGAUCGACGAGCUCGCGGAGGCCUAUCCUCCAUCGGGUGAUGCCACUGGCGAGCUCACCCGCCGACAGCGACGACGAUUGGUGAAGGACAUCGCCACGGUCACCGCGCAGCUGCGGCUUGCGGGACUCUUCGCGUUGUUCAGCCCUGAGCGAGUGGGUCCGAAGGCCGAGCUCAAGGGUCUGGGCCCAGCAAAGGCCCUGGACCCGACCACCGGCUGGGACCUCCUGCGCGCAGAUCACCGUCGAGAAAUGUGGCGACAACUGGCUGAAGAUCAACCUGAGUGGGUUGGCAUGUCGCCACCCUGUACGUUGUUUAGCAUCCUGCAGUACAUGAAUAAGCAGAGGGAUACUCCCGAAUAUCAGCGACGUUUGGCAAGCGCUCGGCUCCUACUUCGACUGUGCGUUCAGGUUGCCGAGUACCAACUGGCUCACGACCGUCACUUCUAUAUCGAGCAGCCACAGUCGGCUCAGUCGUGGAACGAACCUGCGAUGAUCAGACUAAGGCGCCAGGACCGGGCGUAUGAGGCAGUUGGCCACGGUUGUCAAUAUGGUUAUCAUGACGCGAUCAGUGGCAAGCCCUAUCGCAAGGCCUUCAGGUUCAUCACUUCGAGUCCGGUGUUGGCUCAGGUGGAGGUCGAGGAGUCGCUGCAGGCGAGGGCCGUGCUCUGGCAGGGUUUGGUCGAGGUCCCCACCCACGAAUCUCUCAUGACGGAAGUGUUUGCCGCGUCCAAGAGGCGCAAGAAGGCUGAUCAGGACGUGGAGGAGCCGCCAGAGUCCCAAGCUGAAGCUCGAGAUCGACGACGGAAGCUGGAAACGGCGGUCCGCAAGAUCCAUGUCAAUCUUGGCCAUCCUGCAGUCGGGGACCUGAUCCGCAUCCUCAAGCAUGGUAACGCGACUGACGAGGCCAUCGCCAUCGCGCGGGAUUUCAAGUGUGACGUAUGUGAACAGAACCGAGCUCCCAAGUUGUCACGGCCAGCGACGGUUCCCAGAGACAUUCAGGCGUUGUCCGAGGUAGGCUUCGACGUCAAGGAGCUGCUGUACUACAUCUCUGGGAAGACUUGGGCCGCUCUGAACGUCGUGGACGGUGCCAGCUCUCUCCAACAGAUGAUGCCGCUGGCGGGUAAUGAGGAGAACGGUGAGACUCUCAGGAAGGCCUGGGACGUGGGCUGGCGAAGGCCGUACGGAGCACCGGUCAGGGCCAAGUGUGACUCGGCCCGGGCCAAUACCGGUGCCAUCAUGUCCGAGGUGCUGGAGUGCGACGGAGUGGACUUCGACGUCAUUCCAGGAGAAGCUCACUGGUUACUCGGAAAGGCUGAAAGACAUGGCUCGUGGUUCGCCAACAUACUGAGCAAGGUGAUCGAGACAGUCCAGCCGAAGAACCAUCAGGAGUGGGAGCAAUACGUCAGUACAGUCUGUGAUCAGAAGAACCGCCUCUUGAGGAGGAGUGGGCAGACUGGCAUGUGCGUCAAGAGUUCAGGGCUGCUCAAGAGAAAUUCAAAGGAAAGCAAGGCAACUCGGUCUACGUGGAUCUGCCUGCUGAGAAUCAAGGACAGGCACCGGCUCCAUCUGGCGACGGUCGUAUCAUCGUGGUGCCGGCACCUCUGCCUGUCGGUGCUGGGCCUGCUCUACCUCCGGGGCCCGCUCUAUCUGAGGACCGACCCCUACCUGACGCUGGUGGACCAAGCCGCCAAGAGAAAGAUCGACGUGCUGCAGGAUCCGAGCCUAGUCGCCCGACGCGUGUUCGACAUCGAGGGUAAGCCCUUGAAACGCCUGAGGGAGAAGACAGCAGUCCCGACUGAGGGUCUCACAUCAUCGGCGACAUCUGGUCAAACUAUCACCAUUGCUGUGCAGCCUGCCGUCGAGGAACCUCCGACUCGGCCAGCUGAUGCUCGGCAGGCGCUCCUGGACUCCGAUCCAGAGCACGACGAGCUAGUGGCAGAGGCUGAGACGGAGGAUCAGGACGUGAUCAUCCCUGCUGAUGUCUGCCUGACCUCCAUGGCGCGCACCGGCGAGCCCUGCUACGAGGCAUUGCUGGCGAAGGGCCGCAAGGAGAUCACCGAGAAGGUCAUCACCCGGGAGAUCCUGAACGCCAAGAUGACAGAGUGGCAGACCGUGGACCAGGAGAAGCAUGCCGUACGUGUGUGCAGCUUGAAGGAGUCAGGUGAGAUCAAGCGUACCCGACCCGAUCGGCUCGUUGACACACGUUUCAUCCUGACCAUCAAGCACGACCCCGACGGCAAGGAGUUGGUAAAGGCCCGCUGGGUUGCCAGAGGUUUCAAGGACCCGGACGCUCUCAAGCUCGUCUACUGGAACCAGACGGCCGCACCUACGGUAUCGCAGAACGCUCGCAUGCUGACACUUCAGCUGGCUGCAUCACAUCAAUGGCGACUUCAGAUCGGAGACAUCCGGGGCGCAUUCAUGGAGAGCGACCCACUACAACGACCAGAUGGACCACUCUACGCGAAGCAACCACCUGGCGGCCUUCCUGGUCUUCAUCCUGAUCAGGUGGUGGAGCUUGUGCUACCUCUGCAUGGUUUGGAUGACGCUCCUUGCCGCUGGUACUCGAAGACAUCAGGUUGGCUUACAGAUCAGACGGCUCACGAGGGCAGACCGUGGACGAAGUCACGCUUGGAGCCCUGCCUCUUUCUCCUUCGUGAUGCUCAGUGUAAGCUUUGUGGUAUUCUUGUGGUCCAUGUUGACGAUGCGUUGAUCGCGGGUGAAGGUGUUUAUUUUCAUGAGGCGGUGCGGAGAUUGAAGGGGAAGCUCCUUUUCCGAAAGUGGGCUGUCGGUGAGGGUGAGUACUGUGGCAGUGUUCUCCACCAGGAUCCGAAGACGUUUGACAUCUCCAUCCGCCAGACCACGCCUUACCAGGAGCUCAAGCCACUACUGAAGCGGAAGUUGCAGGACUUCGACGCUUACUUGGUCAAGGAGGCUGGCUCUGCAGUCAGACACGACCAGACACCAGUGUGCAGGUCUCUCAGGGACAACAAGUGCUGCCUCGACCGACUGUGGCUGGCGGACGGGUUGACGAAAGACACUGCUGAGACUUGUGACUUGCUCAGGGGUGUCAUCAGGACCGGAUGCUACCAGAUCUCCGAGGAGAGUCUCAUGCUGGAGUUGGCCAAGACGGAGCGGGAGCAGAGGAAGGUCAUCAAGAAGUGA